AUGGCCUACAUCCUCCGAUUCAUUUCUCACAGCCGCCGGCAGGAACAUCAAGCUGGGCCUCUCUCCGACACGGAAGUGAAAGCAGCUCAGCUGCGGAUCUUUAAGCUGGUGCAACAAGAGAUAUUUCUUGAUGAUAUCACUGCCCUUAAGGACAACAAGAUCUGCUCUACUAAACUACAGCGACUCACCCCGUUUGUUGAUGCAAACGGACUAAUUCGGGUUGGUGGCAGGUUGAGAUAUUCCGAAUUAGCUGAGGAAGUGCGCCACCCUCUAGUCUUACCCAAGAAUCAUCACGUAGUCAAUUUAUUUGUAGACUACACCCAUCUACGACAUAUGCACUCGGGUGUUCAAUUCACACUGUCACUAUUAGCCCAGAGUGUCUGGAUUUUAUCGGCUCGUAGUGUGGUUCGCUCCCGCAUUUUUCAAUGCAUGACGUGUUUCAAACAAAGACCAAAGCCUCUGUUCCCACUGAUGGGGGAUUUACCCAAAGCCAGAGUGACCCCUACUCGACCUUUCUUGUCAACGGGAGUUGAUUAUGGUGGCCCCUUCACCAUAAAAAUACACAAUCUUCGUUCUAUCCGACACAUCAAAGCAUAUAUCUGUCUCUUCGUUUGUCUGGUUACAAAGGCAGUCCACAUUGAAGUGGCUACGGACUUGUCCACGGAAGCGUUUAUCGCUGCACUUACUCGCUUUGUGUCACGUAGAGGCUUCUGUGCCGAUAUAUACAGCGACUGUGGCACCAAUUUCGUAGGAGCGAAAAAUGCCAUGCAACAGCUCAUCUCAACUACUGACCAACGCCCUUUACAACAAUUCUCCAUUCAGCGGAAAAUUAACUUCCAUUUUAACCCCCCUACGGCACCUCAUCAUGGAGGUCUAUGGGAAAGUGCCAUAAAAGGAGCUAAAUAUCACCUUAGACGUGUAUUAGGCAACUAUGUUCCUACUCUAAGCCAAUUCAUGACGCUUACCUAUCAAGUGGAAUCAAUGCUGAACUCCCGCCCACUUACGGCUCUAUCCAGUGACCCAAAUGACUUACAGGUGUUAACCCCAGGCCAUUUUUUAAUUGGAGCUCCACUCACUGCAACACCGGAACUCAAUCUUGCCGAAACACCUGAUAACCGACUGUCACAUUGGCAGCUCAUUCAAGCCUUCUCCCAACGUGUAUGGAAGCGGUGGAGUCGAGAGUACCUCCACACUCUCCAGCAGAGACUUAAAUGGGACAAACCAACUCGAAACCUGCAAGUGGGGGAUCUGGUGUUGGUCCAUCAAGAUACACCCCCUAUGUGCUGGCCUCUUGCCAGAAUAACUAAUGUUACCCCUGGAAGAGACAAUAUUGUUCGAGUCGUCGAACUCCAAACCCAACAUGGGACCUUCACACGUCCGGCUGUUAAGGUCUUCUUGCUGCCGUUUCUGAAUUAA